CUUCAUCCUGCUGCUCACCCUCACCAUCCUCACCAUCUGGCUCUUCAAGCACCGCCGCGCCCGCUUCCUCCACGAGACCGGGCUCGCCAUGAUCUACGGCGUCCUGGUUGGUGUGGUCCUGCGCUAUGGCAUCCACGUCCCCAGUGACGUGAACAACGUGACACUGAGCUGCCAGGUGCAGACCAGCCCCGCCACGCUGCUGGUGAACGUCAGCGGGAAGUUCUACGAGUAUACUCUGAAGGGGGAAAUCAGCUCCCAGGAGCUCAACAACGUCCAGGACAAUGAGAUGCUGAGGAAGGUGACGUUUGAUCCUGAGGUGUUCUUCAACAUUUUGCUUCCUCCAAUUAUAUUUUAUGCGGGCUACAGCUUAAAAAGGAGGCACUUCUUCAGGAACUUGGGAUCGAUCCUGGCGUACGCUUUUCUUGGCACUGCGAUUUCCUGCCUGGUGAUCGGCUCGGUCAUGUACGGCUGUGUCGCGCUGAUGAAGGUCACCGGGCAGCUCGGGGGAGACUUCUACUUCACUGACUGCCUCCUCUUCGGGGCCAUUGUAUCAGCUACCGACCCAGUGACUGUUCUUGCCAUAUUCCAUGAACUCCAGGUUGAUGUUGAGCUGUAUGCCCUUCUCUUUGGCGAAAGCGUCCUCAAUGAUGCCGUUGCCAUAGUGCUGUCUUCUUCAAUUGUUGCGUACCAGCCGGCGGGUGACAACAGCCACACAUUUGAUGUCACGGCGAUGUUCAAGUCCAUCGGGAUCUUCCUGGGGAUAUUCAGUGGAUCUUUUGCAAUGGGAGCAGCGACUGGAGUUGUGACAGCUUUAGUCACCAAGUUCACCAAGCUACGGGAGUUCCCGCUGCUGGAGACCGGCCUGUUCUUCUUGAUGUCCUGGAGCACCUUCCUGCUGGCCGAAGCGUGCGGCUUUACAGGUGUGGUGGCUGUACUCUUCUGUGGGAUCACGCAAGCCCAUUACACCUAUAACAACUUAUCUACAGAGUCCCAGCACAGAACUAAACAGUUGUUCGAACUUCUGAAUUUCUUGGCAGAAAACUUCAUCUUCUCCUACAUGGGACUUGCACUGUUCACCUUCCAGAACCACAUCUUUAACCCUACCUUCGUGGUGGGGGCUUUUCUUGCUAUCUUCCUAGGAAGAGCUGCCAAUAUUUACCCACUGUCAUUUUUACUGAAUUUGGGGAGGAGAAAUAAGAUUGGAACAAAUCUGCAGCACAUGAUGAUGUUUGCUGGGCUGCGUGGAGCCAUGGCGUUUGCCCUUGCCAUCCGUGACACGGCCACCUACGCCCGGCAGAUGAUGUUCAGCACCACGCUGCUCAUCGUCUUCUUCACAGUGUGGGUUUUCGGUGGGGGCACCACGGCCAUGCUGUCCUGCCUGAACAUCCGGGUCGGUGUGGAUGCGGAUCAGGAGAACGUGGGCAUCCCAGAGAGCGAGAGGAGGAGCACGAAGGCAGAAAGCGCCUGGCUGUUCCGCAUGUGGUACAACUUCGAUCACAACUAUCUGAAGCCUCUGUUGACGCACAGCGGCCCUCCCCUCACCACCACACUGCCAGGCUGCUGUGGGCCCAUAGCCCGCUGCCUGACGAGCCCUCAGGCCUACGAGAACCAGGAGCAGCUGAAGGACGAUGACUCCGACCUCAUUUUGAACGAUGGGGACAUCAGCCUGACCUACGGGGAUUCUACCGUCAACACCGACUCGGUCACGUCCAGCAACGUGCCGCGGCGCUUCGUGGGGAACAGCUCCGAGGACGCGCUCGAUCGGGAGCUGGCUUUUGGGGACCAUGAACUUGUGAUCCGGGGAACACGCCUGGUCCUUCCCAUGGACGAUUCGGAGCCGCCGUCAAGCGUCCUGGAUAGCGCGAGGCACGGUCCAGCGUAAGGCUGCUUGGUUUAAUUGACAGUAAUAUUUGCAUAUAUGAUCAAGAAAUGUGUACUACCUAAAGUCUAAUGCAUGUCUCAAAAUGUUUAAGCUGUAUAAAUAUUAUUUAUAUGGUGUCAGAAGAAUAUAAAUAUUCUCUGCCAAGCACUUGUAAAGAACAAGCUGCAAUUUUAAGUUAAAAACUGUGUUGACUGCACUGUGUAGGGUGGAACCGUUUUAGCGUAAGAGUCUUUUGCACACAGUGAGCUUCUGUAAUGUGUGAUUUGAUGAAGGGUUUUGUUCCUAGCUAGCUAAGUAAAGGAGCUGGGCCCCUGCCCCUCCUCUGAAUGCGGGAGGUGCUGGCCAGCAGUGGGAGUUGCUUUCUGCUCAGAUGAGGGUUAGUUUUUGCCUCUGAUCUUUGGAUAGUUGUGUUUGAUAUGUCAGCAGAACGCCAGGCCGCAGACUCUCAUUGGCUGUGUGGGAACCUGAGCAGGGAUCUGGAGAUCUUCUGGUUUUAGUGACCCGACAGCUCUGCCCAGCCCGCUGCUUUAGCAGGCUGGUGGCUGACCCCCACCGGGCUGCCAGCCAGCAGUGAGCAGCCUGAUGGAGGGGUGGGUUGUGCUGGAGAAGGAGCUGGUCCCGCAGAAGCUACACAGGGCGUGCACAGGUUUUAGGGCCGACUCUGUCUUUCAGCAGCUUUCUAGAAGCAGCCAACAAACCCCGAAUUGGCGACCAAAUUUCACAUUUGGGAAGCGACUGUGUCUUUGUGCAAGCGAAUCUCUGCUGAAGCCGUGGAUGUGCUGGACCGGAGCGCGGCCAGCCCCAAUGGCUGCAGGCUGCCAUGGUGCCUCCAGGCUUCCCCAGGGGCACUCAGCCCCUGGGUGGUACCGAAGGGAGUUGUCCAUCUGUCCGUCCUCUUGUAUGGUCAAAAUCAUUGCACUUUGUUUAAUAACUCCUUAGCAUUAGCAUGCUGCGUGUCUGUAAUCCCCACCUGAUCUCUCUCACGUCUUUUACCAUUUAAUGAGCAACGUUUGCCAGUUGAUUUUCUUCUUAUUAUUAUUUUAUUAUACUUUUUUUCCCAAGGAAGAGCGCAGAACAAUUUGUGAUUUCACACUAGUGUUACAGGAUUUGAUCUGCAGUUACAGGAAUGGCUAUAAAGGUGCAGUGAAAUCGUUGACCCUGACAUCCUUCUUUUUCCUUCUUCAAAGGCGGAAAGCACCAAAAUUCACUGUAUGUAAUUUUCUUGUCUGUUUUAGCUGCAGUUUUGCUAUACAAACCUUUCAGGGUUACCGGUGCACUGUAGCCUGUUCUGGAGUUAACCCGCUCCAGAGGUCUCAGACAGAGGUGUUUAAAUGUUUGACAAAGAGCCAGGGGAGGGUGAGCCCUCCUGGCUCCCAGCAGCUUUCCUUGGAAUGAACUCUGCAUCUCCUGGAUCCAACCCCGAGACCUCAGAGCAGUUUCCCUAUGGCUGUUUUCCCCAGAAGCACCUGAGAGUUGGAGGAGACAGGAGGUACUGAAACUCUGUAUAUUUAUGGGUGAGAAAAUAAAUUGAAAUAUGUAUUCUUUUUUUUUUUCAUUUUCUCAGGUCUAAGUAACAUUGCCUUAAAUUUACGGAUGCGAAACCAAUUCUUUUGGCAGUUUAUCCCCAAGAAAAUGCUUUCUUUUUCCUUCUGAACAAAAUGUAUAUGUGUUGCCACAGGACUCCUCUAGAAGGGGGGUGCGCUCUGUUUAUAUUUAGGUAGGGAACCUUCCUUGCACCAAUAAAUGGCAGUCCCGCUGUUAACGUAGCUGUUGGAUUAGCGCUAGCCUCUUUGUUUCCUGCUAUGCAGGAAUUCCAUAAAGUGUGCAUUUUAUAUGGCAUCUGUAACUUAACUCCACGUGUUUGAAAAAAUAAAUAAUUAAAAAGCAAAGAAACAAAAAAAAUAAAAAAAUAAAAAAAAAAAAUCAACCCAACAAGUAGGUACGUGUUGACUUUAGGUUUACUACGUCACUCCUCCAUCCUUUUUGUUUGUUUUGCCUUUUUGAAGAGGUAUGAUAAAUAACCACCUCUUGCUUUUUCCUGUGUGGUCAGACUAUGAAUUAGCUGGGGCUGGGCUCCGUGCAGCAGAAGCACGUGGGUGCUGCAGGGCUCCCUCCUGCCAUCCUGGCCCAGGUGCAGAGCUGCAGCCUGUGCCUCCCCGCAGCCUUGGUGGCAUCCCUCUCUUUCUCUGAUCUUCCCACUUAAGUCAUUUAUCCACUUUCUUCAAGCUUGCCAACAGAUUACUGUAAGCCUCAGCUUUUGAUGCCAGUCACGGCUCAAUUAGUACGUUAAAAAAACAAAGUUAACAAAUGAUGAUUUUAUGGGGUACCUAUGAACUGCUGUUAUCCAUACAUCGUGUGACCAGGACUAUUUCACAAAACUCUUUGAAAGAAUGAAUGUAAGCUGCAUUUCAGGGGAGAUUCAGAAAAUGACUCAUCUGAUCCUCAGCCGAUUCCCUUCUCUGUUCUGCAGCACAGAGCCCACGAGUGCCGGGCUGGGACGCGGAGCUGAGCUGCUCUGUGUGCUGCAGGGGCUGGGAAGCAGUGUCCUGGGCCCCAAGAGCCUUUGCCAAAUGGGAUAACUUCGAGGAGGAAGUUUACAUCUCACACAAAAAUGUAGGGAAGGUGCCCUCCUUCUGUACAUUGAAUUUUCAUGGUUUUUGCACAGGAAAAAGCAUUGCAGGUGAAGUUAUGGUUUGUACUAGUACUGUCGAUUUGUGUGGUAAUGGCAUUAACCCUGUAGCUGUGGUGUUUGUGCAGCUGAUCUGUGAUAGCUGAUGAUCACUAUUGGACCUUCUGUUUACACUGACUAAAUCCUUUACUGUUGCGUUGUACUGUGAAAGAAGGAUUCUGGGCCUAUAAAAUAUCUUUUUUUCUGGAA